AUGUCUUCAAAGCCAACUUCUCGGGAAUCAAAAGUCCAUCUCGCCCACCGUCUGGCUCUAGUCAAGCUCCAUGCUGACAUCGAAGCUCUUGAGGUUCAUGAAUUCGACGCGUCGCAACUCGCCAAGUUGAACAUCAAGCGCGAGCAUAUGAGUCUUAGGGAAGACUCGGACCUCAAGCCCCGUUACUUCGCGGCGAUAUCUAACAUCCCACAACCUACCGAUGAAGUGAUCGAUGAAGCGGUCGAUGUGGAAGGCCUUUUUGAAGACACAAUCUCUAGAUCAUAUCACUUCGAAAGAGUGUGGCGACAUUAUGGUCUAGAGGUACGAUGGGAGUGUAAUGACCGCGUAUGGCGUUCAAAGCCUGUUUGCAAGUACCAUGCUUUCAAGUCGUUCGGCUUACUGGUGGAUGAUAGCAAGCUCUGCCGUGGCGAGCUAUUGAUUAUCCUCCGCCUAAUGAUCUGCCAGUUCAGGAUGAUGCGGUUACUCCACCAUAAAGUGGCACCGGUUUUGGUCGCCUCGUUCAUGGGCGAGCAUGCACGUAUGCUGGAGUCCUAUUUUGAUGGUGAAAGCCUUAUUCUACGCUCUUCUGAUCUUUAUCACCUGUCUGAGAGGAAAACUACGGCAGAGGUUUUUGAAGCAUUUGCGAUGUGGUUUGCCGGUAAUCCAGCGGGAGAAACCGAGUAG